AUGUGUGUGGUUUAAAUACUCUUUCUCUUGGGUAUUGUUUUCCUUUUUGUUACUGUUGGAUAUAAUUGCUGUGCCUCGUUUUGUUAUAAUUUAAAUUUUUGGUUCAUUGUUAACAUAAAGUGCUAUUAGUUACUAUAUUAAAAUUUAGUUUUACUUAAACAACAAAGAUUAAAUAGAUUGUUAGUAAGGAGCACUUUAGAUUUUGAGAGAAUUAACAAUUUAAAAUGGCAUCUCUACCAAUCGUGUCCAUUACACGUCGGGAAACUUUCAGCUCUUGUCAUAGGCUGCAUAGUCCAUUUCUUGGUGAUGAAGAAAACAAAAAGUUAUAUGGAAAAUGCAACAAUCCAAAUGGACAUGGACACAACUAUGUUGUGCUGGUAACAGUAAAAGGGCCAGUCGACCCUCAAACUGGCAUGGUGAUGAAUGUGCAUGAUCUUAAACAGUACAUGCAACAGGCUAUUAUGGACCCAUUGGAUCAUAAAAAUUUAGACCAAGAUGUGCCAUAUUUUAAGGCUGUGGUGAGCACAACAGAAAACUUAGCAAUAUUUAUAUGGGAUAAACUACAAAAAAUUAUGGAUAAGCCACAGUUACUGCAUGAAGUGAAAAUAUUAGAAACUGAAAAGAACCAUGUAGUUUAUCGAGGUGGUUCUACAUACCAGAGGAAGAAGUUUAACUCAUCGGCUAUACAUACAAACCACCAUGACGUUUCUUCAGAUUCUGAUUGAGUUAUGACAAAAUAAAUCCUAAUGAUGAAUGACAUUUUGAAAAAUAUGUUCAAAUAUUUUUAUAUGAAUGUACUGCAGCUUGUUACAUUCCGACUUUUUCAUUGUUAAUUAUUAAGUUUUAAAUGUAUUUGUAUUCAUGACUUGACUACUGAUAAUUUUAGUUAAAUAAAAAAUUGUGUAACUAUAAA